GAAGAUUCUACCAACAUAAUGCCAGAGCCGAGGAAAUGCGCCAUACAUAACAAGGCUUUCUGGGUAUUCGGAUCCCUGAUAGCCUUCUACAUUCCUAUGGCGAUAAUGGUGCUCUCGUUUGCACUGACCGUGUCACUUCUAAAGCAGAAGGCCAAAUUUGUGGCAGAACACUACAAGGGUGGAGAUGAGGCCUUCAGGAGACUCGGAGGUGUCAGGUCCAAACCGGACAGGGUUGGACUGCAUAGGACGUCUGGCAG